AAAGUUUGUUGUUAAAUGGUAAAUUUGAUGAAGAUGCGUCUGCCAAGUCUUUUCAGGAAGUUCUCAUGGAGUGGAGAAAUGGAAAAGAAACAAAUGAGCCUGAAUCUGAAUGGAAGCCCCAUGAAGCUCUUCCAGUCUCUACAGGUGUUUUUAGUGCCCAGGCUGACCUUCUAAGCUCAAAAAAAACCUAUUCAGAUCAUUUUCAGUGAAAAUAGCUUAAGCUACAUGGAGAAACUUUUACUGAAAAAGCACAGAAGGACUCCAGUGGAGCAAAUUGGGCCAGCAUCUCUUGUCACUUCACCUCAGCUCUCAUUAAUAGAUUCAAGCAACUUGAUGGAUGAAGAAGAGUUAUGUCUGACAGCUGAUGAAGUGGAAGAACAUGAAUACUGCAGUUCUCUCUUUGAUGAUGAACAGCCACAUGCACAGCUUCAUUACAAUGAAACAGUCCUGAGCAUUUCAGAAAUUGAUGAUGAUAUUAAGCAACAGAUUGAGGAGACUGACUGCUAUGAAGUGGAGGAGGCAACCGAAAUAGUAAAAGAUGAAACAUCAGCAUACGUGAAUUCCACCUGUUCCAGCAGCCCAUCUGUUGAGAUAUCAACGAGUCUGACAGAAGGAAGCCCAGAAGUGUCUUAUGUUAUACCAGAAUUACAUUAUACAGAAGGAGUUCCAUCACACAGUUUAACAACAACCAAUGUCAAGAAUUCUGAGGAAACACUUUCAGUUCUAGGUGGAAAAACAUCAGGUACAAAUGCUGACCUAUCUUCAUCUCAGAAUGGUUCUACUAAAACAGAAAGAAGAACUCGAAUAAGUCCUCGAGGUCCAAAACAAAGGAAUAAGACUGAAAGGAAAUGCAGUGCAAAAUCUGAGAAUACCCGUAGUGCACUUGAUAAUAUAUCAUUAUUGAUAAGUGGUGUAAAUAAUUUGCCAGAAGACAAAUCUUUAUCUUCAGAAGAUGGUGUGGAAAACAAUCAUCCAAUUAGCACAGGCAACAAUAACAACUGCAUGGACAUUGGUUUUACUACAAAGCCAUCUAUGGCAUUACAGGAGAUUGCUCACAUGAAAAACCCAGAUGUAAAACACUAUUGUGGACUUGAUGGAUUUUUUACAAUGGGACUCGAUCCAGCACAGUUGGACCCAGACACCUUCACACCAUGUACAACUUACAGAGCCAAGGACACAACACUGAAUUAUUCAACAGGAAGUGCAGACUGGAGACCUGGUAGCAGUUUAAGUGAAUAUGCUGACAAAUUAUUGGUUAGUAAUGUCAUUACCAGUUCUCAGCGUAGACCAUCAAGUAGUCUUUCACACAAAAUCAUCCCUAAAAGGUUAACAUCACCUAGAUAUUAUCAAACUUCUGCUGGUAAUACACCUGUGUCUCCCAGACCAGUCUCAGCAUCCAGGUUAACUCAGUCAGCAUUGGCUCCAAAACCAAACUAUACUGAAGCAAGACCAAUGUCAAGAGCCGCUCUGGAAAUUUCUGAAAUUCAAUCUAUCGAUUGCACUGGUAAAGAGGAUCCGGACCUGGAAAAUCAGGCAGAUCUGAGUGCAUUGAAAUGUCUGGAGGAUGAGUUUAAAAUGCUGAGAAAUAAUAAAGAUGAAGAAAUGUAUGCCCUGAAGAUCAAAGAAUAUGCAUUCAAAAAAGAAGAUGGUUUAGAACUGAGGAAAACAGCUAUUCCUUCCAGAAGCUGGGAUGCUGAAGGUCACACAGAUGAAGAAGAAGAGAUACUAAGAGACAAACAGAAUGUAAUGUCACUGCCCUGACAAGAGGAAGAUCUGUUUUAAUGUUGCAGAAUCCUUUUAUGAGUUUGUCUUUAGGCAUGAUUUAGAUAAGUCCUUAAUUUAUUGAUUUUUUUAUGCAAAUACCAUAUUAAUCCUUUAAGCUGGUACAGUUCAUCAUAGGCACAAUUAGGUAUUUUAAUCAUUUGCAAUGAUAGUUUCCAAGAAUGUAACAUGAGUAUGUUUAGAUGAUAUUGCUCUAUUUAUUUUUAUUAUUUGCAGAUUAAAUUUGUUUUCAAUCUUAAAUGUAUUCCAAUUUUCUCAUUGCUGUGCCAUUUGUUAAAGAAUUCAGGAACGUUCAUCUCUUUUAUAAAUAAUAACUACAAAAACAUCCUGAACAACGGCAUCCUUUACUGAUUUGGUUAUUGUUUAUUGAAAGAAUAAAUAAAGAAAACACAUGAAAUGCUAAA